AUGUUCCCGAACCACCACCUCGAUUCGAACCUUUGGCCGCCGACUCGGGCGACAAACCGUGUCACCCGAUUGCCAUGUAUCAAAAGCUGCGUGGAGAAGAAUUCCGCGUCGUCCAUCUACUUUGUCGGAGAAUUUGACGACGAAAUCAGAUGCGUCUUGGAAAUACGACCACCCGACAUCAAGACUGCAUACGAAGCUCUGUCAUACCAUUGGGGCGAUGAUAGCAACUUGAAGACCACUCACAUCUUGCAUCUUCGCCAUUGGCAAGGGCUCGCUUUUGAAGGGGCUGUCCAUGGUUAUAACACGCCUCUAUAUCAUCUCGCCUAUGAUACCCGAGCCUUGAUCUGGCGCUUCGAUCUCUCCGAUCGGGAACGGCUUCCCGGACACUUUGGAUCGACGCUUUGUGUAUCAAUCAAAAGGACGAGGCGGAAAAGCGAAUAUAGAUUCAACGCAAUCUACGCCAAUGCCUGGCAGGUCGUUGUGUGGUUUGGGGGGUAUCAUGGUAUCACUGCUGAGAACAGCGCUUGCAGCGAAGCGGAUUACUGUUUGCAACGCCACCAGAUUGAGAAAGCCUUUUACGUAUGUACUGGACUAGGCAGCUGGCGCUUUGUCUACUCCUGGCUAUUUAACUUGGACAUGGUAUUCGCCGAACAAGCUGUUGCCGAUCUGAUCGACAUCGACAAAAGAGGGUGGUGGGAAAGACUCUGGGUUAUACAGGAGAUGGCAUUGGCCAUAGGGAGGGUCCUGCUACAAUGCGGCAAAGGCGUUGGUCAUUAUAACCUUUACUGCGCCAUGAGGCUGAAGAUGAUUGAACGGUUCGAUAACAUGAUUGACCUUCAACGCACUUCCGCGGUAGCCAUGCAGGCAUUUGUUGAAAUCACAGAGUCAUUUCGUUAUCCGGAAGAUCUGUUGCCUACAGGCUCUCUAAUCAGACUAUGGCUUGUUCAACUCAUCUCUCGUGCCGCUGGCCAAGAGCGCAGGCAACAGUUCAGAAAGCAGAAGCUUGCACUCAGACUACAGUAUAUUCUCCUGAGUACCAGUGGCCACUUUAAGUGCCGGGAUGUGCAAGACCGACUAUUGGGCCACGAUAACACUCGGUUUCAGCUGGUGGCACUACGGCGUGGAUUAACAAGGCUUCAUAUUCUUCUUUUUAUCUGGGACCAGUCAUAUACCUGGAUCGCCCAGUACUGGCCCAUCUUUCGGCCACAGUUUGUUAUCAAGGACCAAAAGGAAGUUCACGAGGCAAUUGCUCGCUCGUCCAGAGACAGUCACGAUAAAGCUCAGUUUCUUCAUGGACCUGGCACAGUAUCUGGGAACUCGAACCGGCAGAUUAUUGUGCCAACUGCAUGCCUGACCAGGUUUUCCAAGCGCCCUCCUGGCCACCGGUUUGGACCAGACCUAUCGAUCAGGAUGCCUAUGUAUUUGCCAUCAGUCAGGACUACGUACCUCCUGAAAAGUUCCACUUCAGCACAGAUUCAAGAACUUUUUACUCUACAAGGACGGACAAGAGGAACCAUCAACGUUGUGCACAUCACCAACACCUCACAGCCUGAUCACACCCAGCCGCUGCAGCGAGUAUUUGAGAUAUGGCUGUAUCUUCCCAUGGAAUUCAAAAUAACAAUACUUGUCAUUUCUACUGCUGUUUUCAGAAACGUGUCAGCCACGAGGCGGACCGCUACCAUCGCACUCAUGAAGCGAUGGUUUGCGGCUGGCAGCCCUGAAGGCACAAUCGAACAUCAGAUCAGGACUGUGAGACUGACUGAUUGGGACCGGAAUUACCCGGCGUAUCUUGUAUGGCGUCUUUUCUUCAAGGCCGUCUGGCGGAAACUCCGGCAUGGGCACUGGCGACGGACAAGGGUGCGUAUGGUGUGGUUCGCCUUCGUCUUAGCAUUGAGCUUCCCAGGUAUACACUACGCGAUUAAUCACCUGGAAUCGCUGCGGGUCAUGUUUCGGAGAGCGAUGUUCUCGAUGAAGAACCGCGGCCAAGAUACCACACUGGUUUAUAGCUUCGACGCUAGAGCUGGUGAGAUGGGCGUUCUGAAAGCGGGCGAGGCCGUUCCAGAUGAUCAACUCUGGCGGUUGGCUGGCCUUGUUGCUAUGGGUCCCAAGGGUGGCCUCGAGCGAACAGCUUGCACCGAAGCCCAGUGGGAACAGCACAAGAGGGAUGGCGCAUUGCAGGAAUAUUUAAUUAUAUAG